CCACCUCUAAAGCCUCUCUCUCUCUCUCUCUCUCUCUCAUCCCCUGUUUCAGCUCCUCUGCUUCUCAUUGCAAUGGCCAUUACUAUUGCUUCUCUUCUCUUCUUCUACUCUUUCUUCUGCUUAUCCUUACAAAGAACUUAUGGAGACAAUGGAGGUUGGGAGAGCGGUCACGCCACCUUCUACGGUGGCGGUGACGCUUCCGGCACAAUGGGGGGAGCUUGUGGAUAUGGGAAUUUGUACAGCCAAGGAUACGGCACUAACACUGUAGCUCUAAGCACUGCUCUGUUCAACAAUGGCUUGAGUUGUGGUUCUUGUUAUGAGAUGAGAUGCGAUUCUGAUCCCAAAUGGUGCCUCCCUGGAACCAUUACCGUCACUGCCACUAACUUUUGCCCUCCCAACUUAGCUUUAUCUAACGAUAAUGGUGGAUGGUGCAAUCCUCCUCUCCAGCAUUUCGACAUGGCCGAGCCAGCUUUUCUCCAGAUUGCUCAAUACCGUGCUGGAAUCGUUCCCGUCGCAUUUAAAAGGGUUUCCUGUGUGAAGAAGGGAGGAGUAAGGUUCACAAUCAACGGCCACUCUUACUUCAACUUGAUAUUGAUCACCAACGUUGCCGGUGCAGGAGAUAUCCAUGCAGUAUCGAUCAAAGGGUCCAAGACUGGGUGGCAAACCAUGUCAAGGAACUGGGGACAGAACUGGCAGAGCAACUCUUACCUCAACGGCCAAAGUCUCUCCUUCCAGGUCACCACCAGUGAUGGCCAAACCGUCACUAGCUACAAUGUUGUCCCAGCCGGUUGGCAAUUUGGUCAGACCUUCGAAGGUGGCCAGUUCUAGAAGGAGCUCCUCUGGUCCAAUCCGUUCCCGGCUGGUCUAACUAGAUCCGGGUUGGAGGAUGAAUCAGUGAACUUGUACAAUUUUUUUUUUUCAGCCCUAGGAGUAAAGGGGUUGGGUGGCCCUUGAUGAUGAGGUUGCUAUUUUAGUACCCGCUAGGCCUUAUUAUACAUAGUAAAUUAUAGAAAAUAUAGUUAGUUAGAAAUAUAGUUAGGUCAGUUAUUGUUACCUCAUUACAAGCUUUGUUAAAAUCAAGGCAAUGGGUAUCGAAGUAAAAGGUUUUGCAGAGAAAGGAAGAUUGAUUUUAGCCCCCACUGCAACUUGGUUAAAAUUAUAAAGAAAAACCAAGGGCGUGGUGGACAAAAAAUAAGUGUAAUUUUCAUUUUGAUAUCUUAGUUAUGUUCAAUGGAAGCAAUGCAUUUAUGUGAUUUUGAAAAUAUAAUAAAUAAUUUGAAGAUGAAUGUAAUUUAAUAUUUUCAA